AUGGCGAAGCCAUGUCCUUCAUCACAAAGUCGUGUCCUUCAUCGCAAAGUGGUGUCCUUCAUGGCGAAGCCGUGUCCUUCAUCACAAAGUCAUGUCCUUCAUCGCAAAGCCAUGUCCUUCAUGGUGAAGUCGUCUCCUUCAUGCUCCUGCACCUCUGCCUCUGAGAAGGACACGGGAGGAGCAGAGCAGAGGGAGAAGCAGUACCGGGCCCAUCGCGGGUUUGGGGAUCGCCGUGGCGGGGUCAUCAGCGCCCGCACGUACUUCUACGCCGACGAGGCCAAGUGUGACCAGCACAUGGAGAUCUUCCUCCGCUGCAUCAACGCCUCAGGUGGCAGCUCUGAGGACGGCUUCUCGGCCAUCAAGCUGACCGCCCUGGGCAGGCCGCAGUUCCUGCUGCAGUUCUCGGAGGUGCUGGUCAAGUGGCGGAGGUUCUUCCACCAGAUGGCUGCAGAGCAGGGCCAGGCUGGGCGUGCAGCGCUGGAGACGAAGCUGGAGGUGGAGAAGCUGCAGGAGGCCCUGGCCAAGCUUGGCAUCGCGACCAAAGCCGAGAGUCAGCACUGGUUCACGGGCGAGAACCUGGGCCUGAGCGGCACUGUGGACCUGCUGGACUGGAACAGCCUGAUCGACAGCCGCACCAAGCUCUCCAAGCUGCUGCUGGUCCCUAACAUGAAGACUGGUCAGCUUGAGCCCCUGCUCUCCCGCUUCACCGAGGAGGAGGAUCUGCAGAUGAAACGGAUGCUGCAGAGGAUGGACRUCCUUGCAAAGAGGGCCGCAGAGACUGGUGUGAGGCUCAUGGUGGACGCAGAGCAGUCCUACUUCCAGCCGGCCAUCAGCAGGCUCACCCUGGAGAUGCAGCGUCGCUUCAACAGGGACCGGGCAGUCAUCUUCAACACCUACCAGUGCUACUUGAAGGAGGCUUAUGACAAUGUGACUGUGGACGUGGAGCUGUCACGCCGGGAGGGCUGGCACUUUGGCACCAAGCUGGUGCGUGGUGCCUACAUGGAGCAGGAACGCAACAGAGCUGCCCAGAUCGGCUAUGAGGAUCCCAUCAACCCCACCUAUGAGAAGACCAAUGAGAUGUACCACAGGUGCCUGGACUAUAUCCUGGAGGAGAUCAAGCACAGCCGGAAAGCCAAUGUGAUGGUAGCAUCUCACAACGAGGACACGGUCAAGUUCACCCUGCGCAGGAUGAUGGAGCUGGGGAUCCAUCCCUCGGAGAAGAAGGUGUCCUUCGGGCAGCUGCUGGGCAUGUGUGACCAGAUCACCUUCCCGCUAGGCCAGGCAGGCUUCCCUGUCUACAAGUACGUGCCUUAUGGCCCAGUGAAUGAGGUGCUCCCCUACCUGUCCCGGAGGGCCCAGGAGAACAGGGGCUUCAUGAAGAGAGCGAACCGGGAGCGGGACCUCCUCUGGAGCGAGUUCAAGAGACGGCUCUUUGCAGGCAGCCUCUUCGGCCCCAACCACUAACUGCCCUGUCCGCUGGGACCCAGACGCGCCACUUGGCCCAGCCUGUGCCCGUGGAGAAGGCUUGUUGUGCCGUAGAGUAUAACCACUAUUGCAGUUCCUUUUCCUAGUUCUAUUGCAGUUUUUCCCCCAGAGGCCUUUGCCCUGGGCAGAGAUGUGCUCUUGUUGCUGUUUGAACYACAUUUGCCUUCUGGAGGUCGCUGGCGCAGGGCUGCCCUGAGUGCCAAGGCAAGUCCCUUGUGCCACGUGCCAGGGCUGCAGCUGGGGAGCACAGCUCAGCCGCUGGAGAUCCCCUGGUGAAAGAGCUGCUGGUGCUUUGCUAGGGUGAGCUUGAGGGUGCAGGAGCAGCCCCCUGCUUCACGGCACGGGCUYGGGACCAAGGGCCCCGCUGUCCCUAGCCCUCACUGAACCAGCACCAUGGCAUGGCCAGGGCCAGCUCCUCCAGCCGGAGCUGUGGCUUGACCUGUCUCCCAGCUGCAUCAGUGCAGAUGUGGAGCCCAAGCUGGCAAGGUGGCCAGUGGAGGUCACAGGUGGGCCUGGCAGCACUGGGCAGGGUGCAGGUGCCUCCUGCCUGUCCCGGGGCAGUUGGAUCCUCACCAGCUUUGCACAAGCCUGAACCUCAGACUCAACCCCGUAGGUGUCUGCAUGCUCUGCC